CGUGGCUUUGAGCGAGGGAGGGACGGACAUGGCGACGUCGCCUUACUUUGGUCUGGCAAGGCACAGUUCAACAACCUCGGAGAGCAUGCCUUCUUUGACGUGCGUGUUCGCAAGAUGGCGCAGGAGCAGUAUCCCCUCCAGAUCUGUAUCUACACCUCGGACCUCCCGCCGUCGCCCACCAAGAAGACCGACGUCAUCCGGGUCUCCUUCUGCCUAGAGAACUCGGUGGGGACACAGACUGUCCGCUACAAGAUCGCCGACUCGACGUUCUAUGGGUAUCUGCUGGAGGGCAAGGAGCCGACGACGGCAAACAACACGGUGGCUAUUCAGACAGACAACGCCGAGUGGCACUUUCUGAGGCAGGGAGAAGGUGAUGAUGCCUGCUGGCUCCUGUGCUUCAUCUCGAUCCGUGUUCCGGCCUCGCAGGUCCGCCGCUUCCUCCUCAUUGUUUAACUCGCUUGCCUCUUCUGCUCCCACCGCCCGAGCCCGAGUCCGAGUCCGAGCCUGGGCCUGGGCCUGGGCCUGGGCCUUGGUUGGCACCAUCUUCGUGCCGCCGCCGCCGCCGCCGCUUGCGUUUGCGCUUACGGGUGCGCUCCGGCUCGAACUCGGCCGGCGGCUCGUCGAUGGCGACUGGGAGGCCGGCAAACAUGUCAAUAGCCGGCCGGCCCUGGCCCGCACCGCCCUGUCGGCGGCGCGGCAGUGGCGUAAAGACAACCAGUCCUCCGUGAAA